CUUCUCGACUACAUAUGUAUUGUCGGCAGUCGUCAGACGAGCGCAGACUCGCAUUCGCUGCAACUGCCGGAACUGUUGCGCAGAUAUCCGCCCGAAGACCACUCGGACUUCGCGCUGCCGCCGGAUGUCGUCUUCUUCUGCCAACCCGAGGGCUGCGUCACCGCCUCCUACCGACGCACGUCUCAGCGCGACACCAAUUCCUUCGUCUUCGCGCUCACAGAGAAGGACACGUCGAGAGUCAGAUACGGCAUUUGCGUCAACUUCUACCGCGCGAUCGAACGGCGGACCACCGGAAGUGAGCCGGAAGUGCGGCGGCGGCGCCAGAAGUGCUUAACUCUGGUCUCGUUUUGCAUCAUAUCUCAUCAUCCCUUCUUCUCCUCGUUUCGCGAUUGCCUUCAAAUCCUAAGACGAAUGCUUUCAACGGUUCAGAACCACAAUCGCGACAAACGCCACAAACGAGACCUCAUCUGGACGCUCCUCACCACU